AUGGAUCCCAAGGCACCCAAGGAACAAGAGAACAAGGAUGGUCGUCCUUUGACUGUCGAGGAAUACCAAAAGAAAUGGGAUCAGAUGCUUCAGGACACCGGCAAACAAAUUGACAAAAUUCGAGAGAAUGAGCAAGCAAGGAAGGCUGCGCAAGCUGCGCAGCGAUGA